ACAGCAAAACGUUUCUUCCUAAAUUCUCCCAUAAUAUCUAAACCAUUGAAGAGAAUUAAUUCGCUGCUUGUAGGAGUUCUUCCUAGGAGAUUUUUUGUCUUAAGCAGGAGCUCAGCUUCUCCAGAGAGGACUCUGGGCUGUGGCAAGUGCAUGGAAGCUGUUCUCCAGUGCUUCCCAUAGCAGGAGGACAAUUGUCAUCUCUCGGGGGGAGAAGCGAGGAGAGGGAAUGCUCAGGCUGUUCAGUCCUCAGUGUCUCUGCUCGUUUAAGCAGGAAAACCUUUCUCCUGUCUCUCUCCAUCGCGGCAUCCGCUCUCGUGUCAGUUGGAGAUCAUUCCUCACCUGCUUUCAGCCCACUCUUUGCAUCUUAUGUUCAUCUACCGGCUUCCCCUGGGCAACUUGGCAUCAGCCACCCUCUGUGCUCCCCUCCUGGAUGCUCCCGAGGGGCUUUGCCGUGUUUGUGUGGAGCAGCUGGAUGGAUUCGUGGCUCUGGCACAACGCGGAGGGGAGCGGCCACCUCCGGCCGUGGGGAAGGAGAUGAGCUGUGUGUUCACAGCCCAGAAACCAACCGUGUUCUUGGCUACGUCCAAAACAGUGGGACCAGAAGGUGAAGGAAGAGAUUCUGCCCCUCUGCUCUCUGAGACCCAACCUGGAGCCCUACGUCCAGUUCUGGGGUCCCCAACGUAAGAAGACCAUGGAGCUGUUGGAGUGAGUCCAGAGGAGGCCAUGGAGAUGAUCCAAGAGCUGGAGCACCACCAGGAUGAGGACAGGCUGAAAGAGUUGGGAUUGUUCAGCCUGGAGAAGGCUCACAGGCUUCUGGGAGCAGCUGAGGGACCUGGGAUUGUUCAGCUUGGAGAGGAGGAAGCUGAGGGGAGACCUCAUUGCUCUCUACAACUGCCUAAAAGGAGGUUGCAGCGAGGUAGCGGCGAAUCUGGCUGAUUGAUUUGGAGAGAUUUCUGCCGUCAUGGACUUAUUUUCCCUUUAUUCCUCCAUGGGAGUAGGUGUGGGGUGUCACGUGCGCCCCCUGCCGGCGCGGGGAGCCGCGGGCGCCAUGGCCGGCGCGGAGCCUCCGGGGCGCGGGAUGCGCUUCGCGGAGCGGCAGCUGGAGCGGCACGGCUGGCGGCCAGGGCAGGGGCUGGGGAAGCGGGAGGACGGCAUCGCCGAGGCCAUCCGGGUGAAGAUGAAGUGUGACACAGCAGGGGUGGGCCACGACGUGGCAGAGCCCUUCUCCUUCCACUGGUGGGACCACGUCUUCAACAAGGCAGCUGCCAACAUCGCUGUAGAGGCCGGGCAGGACGGUGUCUCCGUGAAGGCGCUUUCCGAGCAGGGAGUCAGGAUCAGCAAUAAGAAGCCUCGCAAGGCCGACGGCGCUGCCACGAUGCUGUACGGCCGCUUCGUGAAGCCCUUCUGCCUCUCUCUGCAGUCGGCGAUGCUCACAGCACGCGGGGAGGAAUCCACGAAGCUUCCUGCCGGCUCAGAGAGCAGCGAGGACGAGGAAGAGGAGAAGCUGGACCUCUCUUCGGCCAAGAGGCUGACGGAUGAGGAGCUGAUGCGAGCGUGCGGAGGCCGCACAGCACAUAAAGGUGCUCGUCAUGGCUUAACGAUGAGCGCCAAGCUGGCACGCCUGGAGGAGCAGGAGCGAGCGUUCCUGGCCACGUACCACCACAAGGAACAGCAACAGGAGCCUCUCAAGAAUCCCACAGCUGGGAGACAGGAAAAAAGGAAGAAGAAGAAAAGGAAACGGGCUGAUCCCGAGGUCCUGCAGAACCGGGAGCCAGGCGGAGAAGAGGAGGUGGUGGGAGAGGAAGAGAAGGUCAGGAAGAGGAAGAAGAAGAAGAACCAGGAGCCAAGUGGAGAAGAGGAGGUGAAGGGAGAGGAGAAGGUUUUGAAGAGAAAGAAGAAAAGGAGCCAGGAGCCAAGUGGAGAAGAGGUGUUGGGAGAGGAAGAGAAGGUUGUGAAGAGAAAGAAGAAUCAGGAACCAAGUGGAGAAGAGGAGGUGGCAGGAAAGGAAGGGAAGGCUGCAAAGAGGAACAAAAAGCAGCAGCAGCAGGAGGAGAAAGAAGAACCAGUUGAGACAAAGAAGGACAGGAAGAAGAAGAAGGAGGAGGAGGAGGACAAUGAAGAGCCAAAUGAGACAGAGGUACUUCUAGAAGACACAGAUGGGCCAGACCAGGCUGGGCACAGCCCCAGGAAGAAGAAGAAAAAGAAGAGGAAGAGGGAGUCAGAGUGAUCCAGGGCUAAGGCUGCCAGUACUUGGCUGCAAGUGUCCUGGUCCUGCCUGCGGGCACUGGUGGGCGCCCAUGGGUGCUCUGGGCUCUUCUCAAGCAGAGCCCAGCGCUGGGGAUGCUGGGCUGGGACUGGUUGGUCUGGAGCUGGAUUUAUUUCCCUCCCUGAGUCCUCCUUCCAUCAGGAUGACCCCAGUUCCACCA